AUGGUAAAAUGUCUUCAUGUAUGGAAGGCGCGUGGUCAUCAUCUAAAUAUACGGUGGAUAUUAGAGUGUAUUAAAGAAGAAGGAUAUAUGUUUACGCGGUUAAUAGAGAAUGCAUCAAAGGAGGAUAAAUAUGAAAUAACUCGGUUAAGUUAUCGGAAUUUCGUGUUAAUGCGGGAUAUCAUGGUUCAACAUGAAGAUGUAUAUAAUGGAUGGUGUAGAGAUAAAGGGAUAAAAGAGAAUGAGAUUUGGUAUGGACUUUUGUAUAUAUGUAGAAAUAAUGGUCGUGUAAAGUAUGAAUUAGAUGAA